AUGGUGGACCCCUAUUUUGAGCUUCCCCAACUUCAGUAUAUAGCUUUUGUGCCUUCAAUCUUGGAAGUUAACUCCAUUGUGAAAAUGGGCAGCAUGAAAUUGGAGUUGCAUGUUGGGCUUUUUGUCACCUGCAUGGUGAUUCUCGCAGGGGCUUUCUGUGUUGGAGAUACUGACAUGGUUGAUGUUGCUGCAAUGAAUAGUCUAUAUGUUUCUCUGGGGUCACCACCACUUCAAGGGUGGAAAUCCAUGGGAGGAGAUCCAUGUUUAGAACUGUGGCAAGGAGUCGCUUGUGUCUUCUCCAACAUAACUGCAAUACACCUCGGAGGCAUGAAUUUGGGUGGACAGCUGGGCAGCAAUUUGAAUUUCCCAUCCAUUUUAGAAUUGGAUCUUAGCAACAACCACAUUGAAGGGCCUAUUCCAUUUACUUUGCCCCCUACUCUGAGGAGCUUGUCUCUAUCAGGAAAUCGGUUAAAUGGAAGCAUUCCAGAUGCCUUGUCCUUAUUAACUCAGUUGUCAAACUUGGACUUGUCAAAUAACAACUUGAGUGGUCAGUUGCCUUCCUCAACAGGGAGCUUAUCAUCGCUUACCACAUUGCACUUGCAAAAUAAUCAACUUUCUGGGACCCUCUAUGUUUUGCAAGACCUGCCUCUUCAAGAUCUGGAUAUAGAGAACAAUUUAUUCUCUGGACCAAUUCCUCCAAAAUUGUUGUCUAUCCCUAAUUUCAGUAAAAAUGGGAAUCCGUUUAAUACUACUAUUAUUCCAUCACCCCCUCUUGCGGCCCCUGCACCCGCAGCUAUGGUUCCAUCCCCCCAAGAAUCACCUUGGAAAGUGGCAUAUGGUCCUUCUGCCCUGACAGUACCAGUGCCUGCAAGGACUAGGAAGUCUUUUAUAGCUAAGAUCAUCAUCUGGAUUGCUGGUGCAGGUCUUUUUAUAUUUAUUGUAUUGGGAGUUUGUCUUUUAAUGUUGUGCUGCAUUAAGAGAAGGCCGGAGAAGAAAAAUGCUGAGAAACUUGAUGACGUGGGUGUGUUUGCGGGUCCUUUGAAUAAACAUAAAUGCAGUGAUUCUGUUUUUGAAGCAACUAAUCAAGAGGAGAAAGGUAAACGUGAAGUACCAAAUAGAAGUGCAAAUUUGAUUCCUAAGGUUCAGAAUGAACAAGAGAUAUAUGUGAAAGUACAAUCUGCAACUUCAGAAUGGAAUAAUGGUCAUCAAUCAAUGAACAAUGGAGGGGGUUCCAAACUUUCACCCCUGCAACCACCACCAAAACACUCUUUCCCAACCAUUUGUGGUGAGAAGAUCACUAUCAAUCCAGCUAUAACUACAAAAGAAACUGGAAAACAAGUUAUGAAAAAUUCUAUCGAAGUUUAUACUGUUGCGUUGCUUCAACAAUAUACAAAUAGCUUUUCCCGAGAAAAUUGUAUUGGGGAAGGCACACUCGGGCCUGUUUAUCGGGCUGAACUCCCUGAUGGAAAGCUAUUGGCAGUGAGGAAACUGGAUGCUACUGCUUCCAUGGGGCAGAGUCAUGAGCAAUUUCUUCAAUUGGUAUCCAUCAUCUCAGAUAUUCAGCAUGCAAAUAUUGCAAGGCUUGUAGGCUACUGUCUUGAACAUAGCCAGCGACUACUUGUAUAUGAGUAUUGUAGUAAUAGGACCCUACAUGAUGUACUGCAUGGGGAUGAUGAUCAGCGAAUCAAACUUCCAUGGAAUGCACGCAUUCGGGUGGCACUUGGAGCUGCAAGAGCUGUCGAGUAUCUGCAUGAGAACUUUCGGCCACCUAUUGUGCAUCGAAAUUUUAGGUCUGCUAAUAUUCUUCUGAAUGACAAUUUGGAAGUGUGUGUCUCUGAUUGUGGAUUAGGGCCAUUAUUAUCUUCUGGCUCUACGGGUCAGUUAUCAGGACGCCUCCUUACAGCUUAUGGUUACAGCGCUCCAGAAUUCGAGUCUGGAAGUUAUACGCAGCAAAGUGAUGUCUUCAGUUUUGGUGUUGUAAUGCUAGAACUCCUCACUGGACGAAAAUCCCAUGACAAGUCCCGGCCUCGUGCGGAGCAAUUUUUGGUUAGAUGGGCUGUCCCUCAACUCCAUGACAUUGAUACAUUGUCAAAAAUGGUUGACCCCUGCUUAAGCGGUACCUAUCCUAUGAAGUCCUUGUCGCGCUUUGCAGAUAUUGUUUCUUCAUGUCUACAGCGUGAACCUGAAUUCCGACCUGCAAUGUCAGAAAUUGUUCAAGAUCUCUUGCGAAUGAUGUAA